GCUUUGCAGUCGGAAGCAGGAAGAAGCCAGUGGGCAGCAGCUUAAAAGAUGCUGGAUGAAAUAACGCCAGUGGAGGAGAUGGAAUGUCCUCCACAUGCCAUCCAACCUUCGCCUCCUCUCAUGGAGCACAGCUGACCACCCAGCCAUCAACUCCACCCUUCUCUUCAUCUGCCGCGCACUCUCCCCAUUUGAGGCCAUGGAGGAGUUCGGCAAGCUCAAAGAAUACCCACCAGCUCAUCCACCGUCUCUGUUGGAGCGGAGGGCUCGUCCUCCGCAGCCCACAGUUACGAUCCUCAAGUCCAAGCUGAAGCAGAGCGUGAGCUGCUCUGUGCCCCGAGUACGUUCCACCUUGUAUGGCCUCUUCCCUGUGCUGCACUGGCUGCCCAGGUACAAACUGCGAGAGUACGUGUGGGGGGACUCCAUGUCUGGCUUGAUCGUGGGAAUCAUAUUGGUACCGCAAGCCAUCGCCUACUGCCUGCUGGCUGGAGUAGAGCCCAUCUAUGGAUUAUACACGUCAUUUUAUGCUAACAUCAUCUACUUCCUCAUGGGGACAUCCAGACAUGUUUCUGUUGGCAUCUUUAGCCUGAUGAGCCUCAUGGUUGGACAGGUGGUCAACAGAGAAGUGUUCCUCGCUGGAUUUGACCCCAACGAGGACUCUUCUGGUGCUCCAGAGUUCAACGGUUCAUUCAGCAUCAACCUCACAGCCAGUCAAACUCAUUGUGUGGAGAUAUUGGGUGUGCAGUGUGGGAAGGAGUGUUACGCUAUUAGCAUUGCUGCUGCUCUUACGUUCCUGGCUGGUACCUACCAGGUUAUGAUGGCCGUGUUUCGGCUGGGCUUCGUCUCUGUGUACCUUUCGGCUCCCAUGUUGGAUGGUUUUGCCACAGGAGCCUCGUUUACUAUCCUGACCGUCCAAGCCAAAUACCUCUUGGGUCUGAAGAUCCCGCGCCAUCAGGGCUACGGCACUGUUGUUGUAACCUGGUUCAACAUCUUCGCCAACAUUCACAAGACCAACGUGUGUGACCUCAUCACUAGUGCCAUCUGUAUCACAGUGUUAGUGGCAGGGAAGGAGAUCCAGGAACGCUACAAAAAUCGUUUAAAGAUCCCUCUGCCCACUGAGCUGGUCGUAGUAGCCGGAGCCACGCUGGCCAGUCAUUUUGGCAAUCUCAACCAUCAUUACAGCACCAGUGUUUCAGGACACAUCCCCACAGGCUUUAUGCCUCCUCAAGUGCCCAGCUUUAGUCUGAUGCCAAGAGUAGCACUGGACGCCGUUCCUCUUGCUGUCAUCAGCUUUGCCUUCACCGUGUCACUGUCCGAGAUGUUUGCCAAGAAAAAUGGCUACACAGUUCGUCCCAACCAAGAGAUGUUCGCCAUCGGCUGCUGUAACAUCAUCCCGUCCUUCUUCCAUUGCUUCACCACAAGUGCAGCUUUGGCAAAAACUAUGGUGAAGGACUCAACGGGCUGUGAGACACAGGUAUCAAGUCUGAUCAGCGCUUUGGUCAUCCUGCUCGUCUUGCUCUUCUUCGCGCCUCUCUUCCACGCUCUCCAGAAGUGCGUCCUUGCCUGUAUCAUCAUUGUCAGCCUUCGCGGGGCACUCAGGAAGUUCAAGGACCUCCCCGCUAAGUGGCGAGCCAGCCGCAACGACGCCGUGGUUUGGCUGGUCACUAUGUCGGCCACAGCUCUGAUAAGCGUCGAGCUCGGCCUCCUGAUUGGCAUCACCUUCUCUAUGAUCUGCAUCAUCUAUAAGACCCAGAACCCUAAGGUCUCUCUUCUGGGCCGGGCGAACGACUCUGAUCUUUAUGAGGAUGUGGAGGAAUACCAAAACCUGGUCCCGCCAACCCGAGUGCGAGUCUUCCGCUUCCAGGCUCCUCUCUACUACGCCAACAAGGACACCUUCCUGAAAGCCCUCUACAAAGCUGUCGGGGUGACACCUUUCUUGGAGAUGACCAGGAGGAAAAAGGCAGGGAAGAAGGCCAAAAAGAUGUCCAUGACACAGGCCCAGGCAAACGGAGACGCCAACAAUGGAGAUGUCGUUGUGGCACUCGUUCAAAGAGAACUGGACUUCCAUGCCAUCAUUUUGGACUGCUCUGCCAUCCCCUUCAUAGACUCCACUGGCAUGGCUGCCUUUAAAGGGCUGCUCACAGAGUUUGAGGAGAUAGGCGUGAGAGUGGUGCUCGCCUGCUGUAACAUCACGCUCAUUGAUACCUUGCAGAAGGGACAGUUUUUUGGGAAGGGUGGCAAAGACAUGAGCAACAUGCUGUUCCACACAGUCCACCAUGCCGUCCUGCAGACAAGCAUUCGGCAGACGGACAAGAGCUUAGAAGACUCUGACUUGUAGAACAAAAGAUGAACUAAAUGGGGAAAAUAUGUAGGCUCGUGGCAGCAUGGCGGGCAGUGUUUAGCACAUCUGCCACAGAGUCGAGAGUUCUUGGGUUCGAAUCUCGGCACAAGCUCGAACAGGUGAAAUUUCAGCCAAUAACGGAGGAUAGUUUCCAAUAAAAUGUGCAAAUUUGCGGGGGAACAGUGUAGUACAUGUGGGCAGCUUUGAUAUUGCUGUGAGGGAAGACUUGUCGUCAAAGAGCACAACCAAAAGUCCAAUUAAAAUUGAACUCCAUAGAGCACAGCAGACCUGCACCAAGGCGGUAGCAUCACAUGGGUUGUCAGUGCUCAGAGUAUUUGUACCCCUUAACCCAUGGACGGUACCCAUCACACAACUGUAUGUGCAUUUGAAUAAUUUAAGAUAGGAAAAAAAAUCCAAAAUCAAAGCAAAACUCAGUUCAUCAGUCAGUACAGAUUUUAUUUAAUGAUCACAUUGUUCCCGCACGUUUCACUUUUAGGUUGGCGCAUUUUCACAAAACACUUUUUUGACCCCUUUAGACCACUGUACUUGUCACUCGCACUUGGUCCAGCUGAAUCAGGCGCGUUCUGAAUGUCAAUCAAAAUAUAGCUGUAAACGAAUUGUUGUGAUACAAGCUGAAAUGACGCUUAUUCCUAUGACGUUUAUCAAAUCCCGCAACUCAGGUCAAGAAUCUGUAUGAGGAGGUACAAAAACAAUGACCAAGAUCAAAGCAAAAUA